GCUGUUCGCAUCUCGGCAGCUCAGCCAAACAGAUCCCGCCUUGCCCUGGCUCGUUAAUGAUUGAAUGAGAGGCGGCGGGCUGGCCCGGAUCGCAGAGCUCGCCGGACCUGCGGCGAGGCAGCACCGGCCCGGCCAUGGCUGUGAACGAGACCAGUGACUAUUUUCUGACAAACAGAGUACUGGAAAAGUAUUAUCUCUCCACCAUGUACAGCCUUGAGUUCAUUAUAGGUGCCAUUGGAAACACCAUCGUGGUGUUUGGCUAUAUUUUCUGCCUGAAAAAAUGGAAAAGCAGCAACAUCUACCUGUUCAAUUUAUCGAUAUCAGAUUUGCUAUUUCUGUGCACUCUGCCAAUACUUGUGAACAGCUACUCCAAAGAUCAGUGGGCAAAGGAGAGCAUCCUGUGCCACAGCAACAGAUUCCUGCUGCAUGCCAACCUGUACAGCAGCAUCCUCUUCCUCAUGGCAAUCAGCAUUGACCGGUACAUGCUGAUGAAACACCCCUUCAGGGAGCACAUCCUGCAGAAGAGGAACACAGCUGUUAUGGUGUCUGUUGCCAUAUGGAUCGGGGUGAUCCUGGAGCUGCUGCCACUGCUGCAUUUCCUGGAGCCUAUAGCACCUGACAAUAACUACAAAUGUCUUGACUACGCAAGCUCCGGAGAGCCCGUGGCAAGCCUCGUCUACAGCAUGUUCCUGACCGUCUUCGGCUUCCUCAUUCCCCUCCUGACCAUGUGCUACUUCUACGUGAAGAUGGUUCGCUUUCUCCAAAACAGGAGUGAGCAGAUCCGCUCUGCCCUGACCCUGGAGAAGCCCCAGACCCUGGUGAUCCUCACCGUGGUGAUCUUCUCCCUGCUCUUUACUCCCUACCACGUCAUGCGCAACGUCCGGAUCGCCUCCCGAAUUCCGGCCCUCAACGUCUCUGAGUGCACGCAGGGAGUCAUCAGCACCAUUUACAUCAUCACCAGACCCUUUGCCUUUCUAAAUAGUGCCAUUAAUCCUGUUUUUUAUUUCCUGAUGGGUGACCACUUCAGAGAGAUGCUGAUGGCCAAAACAAGACAGCUCCUGGGCAGGCUGACAAGCACUGGGAAGUGA